CUCAGCUCCAUCUCCAUCCUCACCUCACCACCAGACUAUGUCACUUCUGCCUCAACUUUUGCCUGCACCAGUCUUUCCCGAACUUUGGCCUCGCCUUGACCAGAUCUCCAUCAUCGCCUUUUGACCUCUGACCGUCUCCUACCCCCCGUGCAGUCUCAUCUCAUCUCCCUCCACGGCACCCACUAGCUCAUCUUACCUUUCUUGACCAUCUAAAUCAGAUCACUGCCACUUCGCCGCCCCUUAACUGAACCCUCUCGACUCGUGCGACCGGCAGGAUCGUCUUCAGGGGGGGGAAAAGCAAAUACAGAAUCAUCCCAAAUCUAUAUCUCCGAGCUAUCCUGCUCCCGAUUGAGACCACACCAUGCCGGCUGUUACCUCCAACGGUCGCUCCAACCGCUCCGGGACUUCCAAGCUGCUGGUCGUCCUGAAGCUGUCGUCCGAUCUCCUUGGUCAAUUCGCUCCCCUGCCUCCUCCUACCCCGGAGAGCAAAGAGAGCAAGGACAAGAAAAAGAAGGGGACCAGUGCCCCCGCGACUCCUGCGGCCGCAACCACCAACAAGACCAGUGAAAUCAGUGUCGACUCCCCCACCAAGAAGGAGGAAGUUCCCUCCUCCCCAGCUUCGUCGGCUGCGGAUCCACCUCUGCCUCCAUCCUCGGUUGACAAUGCCUCCGAUGCCGCCUCCACACCUGCUCCUGGCGCCUCAGCGGCCGAUACUCCUCGUCGGAAGGGGGUCCCGGGUCCCAAGCCUGGUAGCAAGAGGGGCCUCACUCAAGCUGAUAGUUUAUUAAAGCCCAGAGCCAAACCCGGGCCCAAGAAGAAGCCUAGACUUGAGGAUGGAAUAACCGAAAACGUCAGGCUGAGCGGAGCCCACAGACUAGGACCCAAGGCCAACACCGGGGCCAUUAAUGCAGGUCUCCGAGCUCUCGACCGUAGCGGUGCUCCGUGCCGCAAAUGGGAGCGCAAACCCUUACAACUCAAGAGUUUCACUGGCGCCCAAUGGCAGCUGCCUACCUGGCGCACUCCUCGGCCUCAGAAGCAUGAAGAGAAUGAGGGUGUGAAAGAGGGUGCACUCGAAACGGGCGACAGCGACAGCAAGGCCAAUCAAAGUGUCAGUGUAGUUGCCAGCGAAAAGAGCAACUCUGGUGACGGGGAUCUCACUCCGCUUCCACCAAGCAUAGUCGAACCAUCCUCCCCGGCCAUCGCCAUGGCCGCUUAAAUUAUUCUACCGCUUUGUUGCGAAUUUCCUCUGUACAUUAUUUGACAACAUUACUUUUAUUAUUAUUAUUAUUGUUAUUAUGGCUUCCUUGGUGGGCUCAAGCGGUUUGUUAUUUCUAUAUUGGGCGUUUGGUCUUGUGUCGGAUAUUGGAUUGGUCCUGGGAGCUACUGCUAUGAUAUAUUCUCCAACCAGAGGGCUAUCUGGAUUCUAUUGGUGCCUUUGGUCUGUUUGAAAGGUUAUGGCAUCUAGUCUGCCUAAUUUUUUUUUAUCAUUCUGUUUUCAUCCUUUUUCAUCCUUUUUUUUUUUUUUUUUUUUUUUU